GAACUGACCUGUACCUUGACCCGAUGGUUAUCCAUCUACUUUUGGGAAAAAUGCAAAAAUUUCUCGAUCUCAAAUCACACCUCACAAAACCAAGAAUCCGACCCUGACAAACUUUCGGAGUUUUUGGUAAACAUGAUUGAGCAAGGAUAUCCGACCGGAAAUCCACUCUGGGAACUUAUCUACUUCCCAAACUACACACAUCCCGAAUACGGCACCACAUCCGCCGUCUUAGUCCGAAUUCAUCACGUCCUCGGGGACGCGAUGGCGUAUAUGGCACUAAUGCGCGACAUAUUUGAUCAAAAUCCUUCAGUGGACCAGGAAAUUGAAAAAAUUCUAAAAACACAGCGGAAAAAAUUGAAAAUUUCUCCAUGGAAAAAAUUGUGUUACUUGGCCGAGCUAUUUUUUGUCACCCCGAGCCAAACGAUGUACUACUAUCUGAAAGGCUUAAAUUCGGAGGCCAUUCCGAUGAGAACUGACAAUUUGAGUGCCAGUGGUGUCAGACAUGUCGCCACGUUGAUGGACAUUUCUCUUAUAAAACGCAUCUCGAAAAAGACUGGGGUAAAGGUGACCUCCAUUAUCCAUGCCGGCGUGACAGGGGCUAUGCGAAGGCUGAUAUUGGAAAAGGGGGGCAAUUCCAACGGGGAUUUAUCCACGUUUUACGUCCUCCCGAAAAUGAAUCACACCGGAACAAUGACCAACAACAGUUUUGGGAUGCCCUUAAUUUCCCCGAUGUCCAAGGAACCCUGGCAGGCCGUCCGUCUGGCCAGGAUUUCUGCCCAAUUUGACCGCAUCCUCUUCUCUCCCCUGCCACUCGGCAUGAUGGGCGUGACCGGUCUGACGGGUCUGGUGUACGGCACGUUGGCAACGAAAAUCUGGAGUGUACCGCACGUCGCGUGUUGUGUGCACUCAAACUUCGCCUUUAUUGGGGAGCCGUUAAGGUUGUUUGGUCACGUGGCGGAGAACAUGAUGCUUUAUGCAGGUUUGCAGCCAGGAGGACAUCACCUUUUCGUCGCGACGAUCAGUUAUAAUGGGAAACUUAUCCUUCAACUGCUCGGGAGUAGAGCAGCGUUCCCAGAACGGGAAGAUUUAAUAAAGUUUGCGGAUUACGUGAGGAAGGAAUUUGACAUGUUAGAGAUGGGUGAAAAUGCGGAAGAUCGUGACAUCAGGCAUUUUAAGGAACAGUAGAAGUGCAUAUAGAGGUAAAUUAAUGUUGCGAUUACAGAUGUAGAUGAUACACAUUAACAUACAGACUGAAAAGUUCUGCUUAAAAAUUCAGACACCCAUUGGGCAAGAGUGGCAAUUAAUGUUAAAUUGUAAUGAAAACUUAUUAUUUUUAUUAUAAAGUUACAUAUGGACUAUUCAAUAUGUUUUUUAUGAAGGUAUAUAUAAUCAAGACAUAAUAUGUAGAAACUCCAAAAUCACUAGAUAAGUUCAAAGACAUGGGACAAAAGGAGACACUCGAAUUUAAAAGUCGAAAUAUACAUAUGUACAUAUGUACAUAUAAUGACAAGACAUCAUUUGUAUAACAAGUAACGUAAUUAUUUAUGUACAUAUGUAUUUAGAUAAUUAUGCUGUGACGUAUUUAUGUACGUAUACAUUUGUUGUACAUUAAUUUAGAUAUGAUCAGAUUAAAUUUCCAACUAUCGAAAUAAAUAUGGUUUGCUAAUUAGUUUGCAAAAAUUAUGGGUGAGGCUA